AUGUCCUCUCGGCUUCGUGGUUUAGACACAUUCAAUAUCGAACACCCCCAGGAACAACAAUACGGGGCGCCAUCUAGUCCCUCUAGUCGUGCACAACAGGCUCUAACAAGUGUGUUUGAACAGGAUCAAAGACAACGGAGAAAUGGCACGAGGGUACCCGAGCAGCCCCCUGACCUGUCAUCGAAAGGGAAACCUAGGUUGCUCCUGAUGGGACAGAGAAGGAGUGGCAAAUCAUCAAUCUCGAGCGUUGUGUUUCACAAAUUACCGCCUAGCGAAACAUUGUUUCUCGAGUCGACCGCACGUAUUCAGAAAGAUACCAUGCCGUCUUUCAUGGACUUCCAGGUAUGGGAUUUCCCGGGUCAAAUAGACAUAUUUGACAACCCAACAUUCGAUAUCGACGCGAUGUUCGGCGAAAUUGGUGCCCUUAUCUGGGUCAUCGACGCUCAAGACGAUUAUCUAGAGGCCGUAGCACGCCUCAACGUGACUAUAUUAAACCUCCAGAGAACGUACCCGAACAUCAAAAUCGAGGUAUUCAUUCACAAGGUAGAUGGUUUAUCAGAUGACUACAAGUUGGAUAUCCAACGGGAUAUCACUAUCCGAAUCCAAGACGAACUCUCAGAUCACGGGUUUGAAAAUGCCCCCGUGACUUUUCACUUGACCAGCAUUUACAAUCACAGCAUUUUCGAGGCGUUCAGCAAAGUAAUUCAGAAGCUCAUCCCUCGACUUGGAAUACUCGAGGCGAUGCUUACUAACCUUUGCCGUACUUGUCGUUUCGAAAAAGCCUACCUCUUUGACGUAUUAUCUAAGAUUUACAUAGCCACCGAUAGCGAACCUGCGGAUAUGGCCAGUUACGAGAUUUGUUCCGAUUAUAUUGAUGUCAUAAUAGAUGUCACGGAAGUCUACGGAAGUUGGCCCCGCACUCAGAGGUAUCGCGAAUCUCUCGAGGGUCCACCAUGGAACCAGAAGAUCGAGGAUCAGGUAGCUUCAGGUUGCGCCGAAAGCUGUAUGGUAUUGAGCGAUGGGAACAAACCCAUAAUACUACGUGAGGUCGAUAAGUACCUUGCGCUAGUUGCGAUUAUGAAGGAGGAUAGUUACGACAAGAUGCCUCUUGUCAACAUGAACGUUGAGGUUGUCGUGCAGGGUGUGAAGGAAUUCUUCGAGAUUACCAAGCCGAAAUGA